UUUGACUGACAUCAUCUGGGUUCGAGUUUGGAUAAAAUAACAGUUUGAUGUCCGACUGAGAUAAAGAUGUUUGACUAAAGUAUUAUUUCUGUCAGAGAAUGACUGAUCUGUAAGACUUAAGUCUAUAAGCAUUGAGUCGAGUGCUCUUCAGGCCUCUUCAUCACAUUACACUGAGUUUGAGUGGACACUUCAUUGCUCAAAUGGACCUCCAUCGGACUGCCUUUAAGAUGGAUAACUCCUCCUACAUGCCCAGCCCGCUGACCUCCCCUGCCCUCAUGGUUUUGGCAUCAACAGCUGAGGCUGGACGAGAUGCCUCUGUACCCUGCCAGCCCCCUCGGCCGUUUGGAGUGCCGGUCACUUUGGAAAAGGACAUGCACCUCCCGUUCCCCAGCGGCUCGUACACCUUUGCCUCCAUGUAUCAUCGGCAAGGAGGCUUUCCCACUCGCGACUUUCCCACCCCUCUGCUCCACCUUCACCCACAGUUUGCCCCACCCAAUCUUGACUGCUCACCGCUGGGUAUGCUCAACCACGGAGCGGUGGGGGCCUUCCGGCCGUUCUCCUCCCCACAUGAGGAGCGUGAUGCGGGGGCUUACCAGUCUGCCUUCCUCCCUGCCAAGCGCUUGAAGGGCUGUCUGGAACCAGCGGCAUCACCCCACCUCCGCUACACAGAUGUGGAGGGAAAAGAUUUUGACUUUGGGGGUGCUCAUGUUCCUAAUGGUUCACCAAACACCCUGAAGGUAGCUGAGGAUGCUGGGAAGAAGCUCUUUGGCUUGUCUGGGCUGUUGGUAGAGGGUUCAUCUGGCCCAGAGGAGCACAAAGAACCAAGUAAAGUGAAGGCCCUGUAUGACACACAGAUGCCCAUGUGUCCGAUCUGUCAUGCUGUGCUGCGGCCAGGAGAGCUGCAGGAACACAUGGAGCAGGAGAUGGAGCGUCUAAUGCAGCUGCACAAUAGUCAGGGUCCUGCUCAAAAGGAGUGUCUCGCUGCUGGGCCGCCUAAGUCUCUGUUCUCUAUGCACAUAAAGAGAGAGGGUUCCUCCUCUGCCUCCUCUCCACGUCCCGCUGAUGAGGCUGUGCACUCCGACAGGUACCAGACAUUUUUGCGAGUACGAGCAAACAGGCAAACAAGACUCAAUGUUAAGGAGCUCUGCUGGUGCAGGUGCUACGCCAAACAGAAAGUGAAAUCUGUUCAUGUUUGGCCUGACUGUGGAUUCCCACAUGUAUCUUCUUGCCCACUGUCUGCACGCAUUGGGAAACUUAAAAGACGGAAAGCAGAGGAAGACCAGAGAGACGGCGUGUGUGUUGUUGAAGAUGGCUCUGUGCUGUCAGCCGGGAGGGAGUUUGAAUGGGCCGAACAGAGAAGAAUACAGAUGGUUUCUGUUCUCAGAGGCUUCAGAGGUUUGGUGAGCAGCACACUGAAAGAACAUCAGGACAGCGAUGCAGAUCUGGAUGUGGACGGUGAUGAUACUUUGGAAUAUGGAAAAGCACAAUACACAGAGGCGGAUGUGAUUCCCUGUUCAGGAAAUGAACCCAGAGAUGCUGAGGAGAGGCAGGCGUUAAGAGGAGCUGUUUUAAACGAGUUAGAGAUCUUACCGGAUGACCCCACCCUCAGUACGCUGGAGGCCCUGAAAACACGCAUCAGAGAUCUGGAGAAGCAGCUCACACGAGGGGACAGAUUCAAGUGUCUCAUCUGCAUGGACUCCUACACGGUACCUCUGACCUCCAUCCAGUGCUGGCAUGUCCACUGUGAGGAAUGCUGGCUUCGCACCCUGGGAGCAAAGAAAUUGUGUCCACAGUGCAACACUAUCACCUCACCUAGGGACCUGAGACGAGUGUAUUUGUGAAGGGUUACAGCUGUCCAGUCAUCUGCCUGUUUGCACUCUACACAAAUGGAUCUUUCUGGUCUGAUGCAAAACUUAGAAGACGUCUUGCCCAACAGAGUCAUUGCUCAAAAGUUCCUGUCGGAAUGCAAACCAGUUACUGUACAUGAAGACCACUGUGUUCAUUUCUUAAUGAAAUGGUAAAGUUUUAAAGCAUAAAUCUGCCGUACCAAUAUUGUAAGGACAGUAAAACCGAUCACCAAAUGUUGUUUCUAUGUAUAAAACCUUGUUUUAUAAAAUAUUGUUAAGUUAUUCUUAUAGAGAAUGUUCUAAAG